AUGGUGCGGCCUGUACGGCAUAAGAAAUCAGUCAAUUACUCACAGUUUGAGGACUCAGACAGUGAUGAUGAUUUUAUUUCUUCAACUGCACCUUUAAACAAGAAACCCAAAACAGCACAAAAAGAGAUAAAACAAGACAAAUCAAAACCUAAAUUGAAGGAUUUUGAGAAAGAAGAUGGCCCACUACAGGAGAAAAACACUAGAAAAAGGAUGGCUUUAGAUGACAAGCUCUACAAGAGAAGCUUAGAAGUCGCACUAGCAUUAUCAGUGAAGGAAAUUCCAACAGUCACCAUUGAUGGACAGGAGUCUCAAGAUGAAUGCAUUGAAAAAUGUGGCAGUACUGAAACAGGAACAGUGAAGAAGUCUUCUCAUAUCUCUAACUGCAGUGUAGCCAGCAAUUACUUAGGUUUGGAUAAGAUCACUGAGGAAGAUGAUUUUCAUGAUGUUCAAGGGAAAAGAAAAGCAGCAUCUAAAGCUAUGGUACAACAGAGGAAGAUUCUUUUGGAAGGCAGUGAUGGUGAUAGUGUAAAUGACUCCGAACCAGACUUUGCAACUAGUGAAGAUGCUGAGGAUGAUUCUGAUUUUGGUGAGAGUGAAGAUAAUGAUGAAGAGUUCACUAUGAGAAAAAGUAAAACUAAAGAAAUUAAAAAGAAAGAAGUGAAGGUAAAAUCCCCAGUAGAGAAGAAAGAGAAGAAACCUAAAUCCAAAUGUAAUGCAUUGGUGACUUCAGGAGACUCUACGCCAGCUGCCAUCAAAUCAGAAUCUCAGCCUUCACCAAAAAAGGCUUCUCUUCCUUCAGCGGCUGUUAGGAAACCAUUACAAAUGUGCAGUCCUUCAGCUGAAAGCAAGAGACCUAAGUGGGUCCCACCAGCGGUAUCUGGAAGUAGCAGCAACAGCAGCAGCCCACUGGCAGGAGUGUCCGUUAAGUCUCCAAGUCAGAGUCUCCGCCUUGGCUUGUCCAGAUUAGCACGAGUUAAACCUUUGCAUCCAAAUGCCACUAAUAGCUGA